AUGUCCACCUCAACGACCCAGGGUUUUGUAAAAACGGUAAUGGUGCUGAUGGAGAGCGUGGUGACUGGCCAUCAAAUGAUCGGUUUCCGUCCGCGGCAGAUGACCACCAAGAAAGAGAUGAUCGCCUUCGAUCCCCUUGUUCAGCGUAAUGUUCUGUACCGCGAAAUGAAGAAAAUCCGCAGUCUCCGCAAAGCUGGCACUCGAGACUAG